ACAGUUCCCAGAUUCCUGCAGGACCAGCUGCCAAAAAGUUGUUCUGGUAAUUUGAUGCCACUCACAAGAAAAAAGCCAGCAAAACAGCAAACCUUUUGAGGACUUAUUCUAGCUACUGGAGCAAAGCAAGCAGCAGGCAGCUGGUUAUGGAAAUUGUAAUCAAUCUCUUGUGGUCCUGGCUACCGGGGAGUUCCUCUUGGUUUUUCUUUUGGACUGUGGCAUUGAUCUUCACCUGCGUGGCUCUGAAAGCCAUCCAGCUAUUUCAGACAAGGCAGAAACUGAUCAAGGGUUUUAGGAGUUUCCCAGGACCUCCAAGCCACUGGCUAUAUGGCCAUAUCCACAUGAUGAAGCCUGAGGAAGAAUUCCUGAACGCGGCAGCAUGGACAGAAAAGUACCCGCACUGUUAUCCACGUUGGUAUGGAAAUUUCUUGGCUUUCCUGUGCCUCAACCACCCUGAAUAUACAAAGACAGUGUACAGCAGAGGUGAUCCUAAACCUCUUAUAAUAUACAAAUUCCUAAUUCCAUGGAUUGGAAGGGGGCUUCUAAUCCUGAAUGGGCCAAAGUGGCAGCAGCACCGAAAACUGCUGACUCCCGGAUUCCAUUACAAUAUUCUGAAGCCUUAUGUGCCUCUUAUGGCAGAAUCAGUCCAAGAUAUGCUGGAUAUAUGGGGAAAGCUGGAACUCAACAACCCCACAGCAUCAGUGGAGAUGUUCGAACAUGUCAGCCUGAUGACUCUUGAUACUAUUAUGAAAUGUGCCUUCAGCUACCAGGAAAAUGCUAAAACAGACAGAGAAAAUUCCUAUAUUCGAACUGUUUUUGAUCUCGGGUUCCUGGCUUAUCAGAGAUUUAAAACACCAUUGCAUCACAAUGAUCUCAUUUACCGGUUGAGCUCCAAAGGGCGUCAGUUUUACAAAGCUUGCAAAAUAGCCCACCAUCACACAGAGAAGGUAAUAAGAGAGAGGAAGGAUUCCCUCAAGAAUGAGAAAGAGCUUGAAAAGAUUCUGAAGAAGAGGCAUUUGGACUUCCUGGAUAUUCUGCUUUGUGCAAAGGAUGAAAAUGGAAAUCCAUUGUCGGAUGAAGACAUACGUGCAGAAGUGGACACAUUCAUGUUUGAAGGUCAUGAUACCACAGCUAGUGGAAUCUCUUGGCUCUUUUAUUGUAUGGCCCAGAACCCUGAGCAUCAGCAGAGAUGCAGAGAGGAGAUCAUGGAGCUUCUUGGGCGACAGGAGGAUAUUCAAUGGGACGACUUGGGAAAGAUGACGUACAGCACCAUGUGCAUUAAGGAGAGCCUUCGGCUUUAUCCUCCAGUACCUCUCAUAGCACGAGAACUGAAUUCACCUGUGACCUUUGCUGAUGGACGAAGCUUACCAAAAGGCUUUCUAACAAUAUUGGAUAUUUACGGUCUUCACAGAAAUCCUGAGGUUUGGGACAAUCCUGAGGAUUUUAAUCCUCUAAGAUUCUCCACAGAGAAUUCAAAGCAUCGCCACCCAUAUGCUUUCUUGCCUUUUGCUGCAGGGCCAAGGAACUGCAUUGGACAACAGUUUGCCAUGAAUGAAAUGAAGGUUGCUCUUGCCCUGACACUCCAGCGCUUUGAGCUUUUGCCUGAUCCUGCCAACCUUCCGAUUCCCAUGCCACAACUUGUCACCCGAUCAAUGAAUGGGAUAUAUCUGAAGCUGAAGGCUCUCCACUGAUGCUUGCUGUUACCACAGUAGUAAUGUCUGCUUCAGGACUCUCGAUUCCUACCAAUAAAUAUUGGUAGGCACUAUUAAUAUUAAUAUUAUGCACUACACUUCUACAGAAGCUGGUUCAGGAAAUGGCACCUCUUCCAAAUAUAGAUUUCCCCCCUGUAUUUUCAGUCAGCUAUUACUGCAAUAAAAAUGUUCAGUCAUCGCUUUUACAUUCUCAACCCAACAUGCUUCCUUUUAUCCUACCAGAUCAUAUUCUGAAAUAAAUGCACUGGAUUAACUUAA